UUGGAGAGCACAGACCUGUGCGUCCCUGCGUCGAGACGAGUGUGUGACAAGUCGGUGUCCCUGAAGACACCGACGCGGCGUCGCGGGCGCGGGCUGAUCGGGCCGCGCUCGCAGGGACACCCGGCUUCCGGUCCCACGCUCAGGGAGACUCCGUGGCGGGCACGGAGUAGGGAGAGCCAAGCGGGGGUGUAUUCGAGGGAUCCCGGAAAUGGGUUGCCCAGGAAGAACUGCGGCGAGGGGUUUUUACUUGGGUCGGGAAGGGCUUUGUCCUGCCUUGUUGUAGGUGGGACUUGUGCACGAGUGUGUGCGCGAGAGCCGGAGAGACUAGUGGUGUGGUGUGGCCAGCACGGUGAGGCGGCUGCGUGAACCACGCGUGUCACUGGCAGGGCUCACACGGUCAGGCUCCGAGGUCGGGAGCUCGUGUGUGAGCCAGACGGCCACGAGGGCCGUGAGCUGUGGCGUGUGUGGAUCAGCGUGCUGCUUGUACCAUGCCCUCUCUCGAGGUGUAUGUGACUGAUGCGCCUGCCUUUGAGUGUGUGCGUGUGUCAUCAAGUAUGUUAGUGGUUGUGUCACCCUGCACGCUUGCAGUUGUGGCCGUGGGUGAACGUGGUAUGUAUGGGGAGGCUACUUGGAAGACUGACAUAUGUAGCUGUUUGAAGUCGUGUGUUGCCGGGAUAACAAUCCUGGAAUAGAAUUCCCUGCCCGGUCCAAGAGAUCCAGUAAGAAGGAAGAGCAGUGGUCACUUGAGUUUCUUACCAAAGCAGGAAAUACCCUCAACUCAGAGUAACAGAGAAAACCAGGGGUUCAGGAGAGGGGUGAAAGUAAAGGUUGAAGAAUCAAAUGGUCAAGAUUCCAUUGCUUCAGAGUGAGGAAAGCAGAAACCCUGGGAGUUUGGAUAGAGGAUAACCCUGCCCUCUGGUGGCACUUAGGACUCAGAUUUUUCAAACUAAGACUCAAAGUAUGGAGCAAAGACUCAAGAAGACCGAAGAAUGGGAAGAAAGCUUUUGGAAAAUAGGUUAAAUUUAGGACCUCCAGCAUAAGAAAAUGACAAACGAUAUCCCCCUUGAAUGGCUCCUUACCCUCUCAGGAUACCGCUGUUCUCCACAAGAGAAACCAGGAGGCAAAAAUGACUGUUGAACUAGUGAAAGCCAUACCCCAGGACUUGGUGACAUUCAAGGACGUGGCGAUAGACUUUUCCCAGGAGGAAUGGGAAUUGCUGAACCCUGCUCAGAAGAGUUUAUACAGGAGUAUGAUGUUAGAGAAUUAUCGGAGCCUGGUAUUACUGGGACUUUGCAUUUCUAAGCCAUAUCUGAUCUCUUUACUGGAGCAAGGAAAACAGCCUUGGGAGAUGAAGAGUGAAAUGACAAGAAGCCCAUUCUCAGAUUGGGAAUCUGUGUAUGAGGCACAAGAAUUAUCUCUGAAGCACUUCAUGUAUGAUGAUGUGUUGAUGGAACAAAUUGCAAGCUAUGGACUUGAGUGUACACCUUUUAGAGAAAACUGGAGGUGUGAAGACCUUUUUGAGAAACAGGUGGAAGGUCAAGGGACAUUGAGCAGGCAAGAAACAAUCACUAAUAAAGAAACCCUACAUAAAAAAAUAGACCACAAGUAUGCUAAAUCUGGGAAACUUGUUAAUCUGUGUAAUUUGGAAGAGAAUGUUUAUAAUCAGAAGUCAGGUAAAAAAAGCUUUUCCAAAAAGUCCAUGCUAAUAAAACAAAAGAGAGUCUAUGCAGGAAAGAAACUUUUUAAAUGUAAUGAAUGUGAAAAAACCUUCACCCAUAGCUCAUCUGUUACUGUUCAUCAGAGAAUUCAUACUGGUGAGAAACCAUAUGAAUGUAAAGAAUGUGGAAAAGCCUUCACUCAGAGUCAACACCUCGCUCAACAUUAUACAAUACACAGUGGAGAAAAACUCUUCAAAUGUAAAGAAUGUAGGAAAGCCUUCAGCCAAAAUGUACACCUUAUUCAACAUCAAAGAAUUCAUACUGGAGAAAAACCUUAUAAAUGUAAGGAAUGUAAAAAAGCCUUUAGCCAGCCUGCACACCUUGCACAGCAUCAGAGAAUUCAUACCGGAGAAAAACCCUAUGAAUGUAAAGAAUGUGGCAAAGCCUUUAGUGAUGGCUCAUCUUUUGCUCGACAUCAGAGGUGUCAUACUGGUAAAAGACCCUAUGAAUGUAUUGAGUGUGGGAAAGCCUUCAGAUAUAGCACAUCCUUUAUUCGACACCAGAGGCAUUACCAUACAGGAGAGAAACCUUAUGAGUGCAUUGAUUGUGGGAAAGCCUUCAGUGUUCACAGGGGACUUAUUCUGCAUAUGAGAAUUCAUACCGGAGAGAAACCCUACAAAUGCAAUGUUUGUGGAAGAGCUUUUAGCCAGAGCUCAACCCUUACUGUACAUCAGAGAAUUCACACAGGAGAGAAGCCUUAUGAAUGUGAUAUUUGUGGGAAAACUUUUAGUCAUCAUGCAUCACUCACUCAGCAUCAAAGAGUACAUUCUGGAGAGAAACCUUAUGAAUGUAAGCAAUGUGGAAAAGCAUUUAGGCAGAGUAUACACCUUGCUAGUCAUUUGAGAACUCAUACUGGUGAAAAACCCUAUGAAUGUAAGGAAUGUGGAAAAGAUUUUAGUAUCAGUUCGCAGCUGGCUACUCAUCAGAGGAUUCAUACUGGAGAGAAGCCUUAUGAAUGUAAAGAUUGUGGUAAAGCUUUUAAACAGAAGUCACACCUUGCCCAACAUCAGAAAAUUCAUACAGGAGAGAGACCUUAUGAGUGCAAUGAUUGUGGUAAGGCUUUCAGCCAGAUUUCCCACCUUAUACAACAUCAGAGAAUUCAUACUGGAGAAAAACCCUAUAAAUGUACUGAAUGUGGAAAGGCUUUUAGAGAUGGCUCAUCCCGUGCUCAGCAUCAGAGACUUCACACUGACCAAAAGCCCUAUGCAUGUGUUGAGUGUGGGAAGGCAUUCAGAACAAGGUCAUCUUAUGUUCGGCAUCAAGGGUGUCACAGUAGUGAGAAACCUUAAGGAUGCAGUGCAUGUGGCAAAUUCUUUAGCUUACAUCAGUCUCUUACUCAUCAAAGAAUUCACUCCAGAGAAAAACCAUAUGAAUGUAAGUUAUGGAGGAAAACUUCAGCCUGAAUA